CAGCUCACCCUCACUCAGCCCACCACGUCCAGCUCACGCCGGUGCGCCGCCCGCACCAAGCGCUCGCGUCCCACCAACCGCUGCUAUAAGUCUAUUAAACACAGGCCCAGAUCCGCGCCUCCACCCCGCCCGCCACCGCGCAAGCACACCAACCGGCACCGUACCAGCAGCACCGUCCACGGCCGCCACCACCAUGGCCGCCUCGCCGCGCAUCGCCAUCCUGCUGGCGCUCCUGGUGGCGUCCUCGGCGCUGGCCGCGGCGCAGAAGACCAAGGCGAAGCCGGCGGCCGGCCCUGCCGGCGCGGCGGACGCGGCCCCGCCGACGGACGUGAACAAGGCGCUCAAGGACGACCAGUUCAGCGAGUUCAAGCAGCUCCUCCACGACACGCGCGUGGACACCCAGAUCAACGCGCAGCUGACGGACAGCUACAACGGGCUGACCAUCUUCGCGCCCACCAACGCCGCCUUCGACAAGCUCAAGGCCGGCGUGCUCAACGGGCUGUCGCCGCAGGACCAGAUCCAGCUGGUGCUCUACUGCGUGCUCCCCAGGUUCUACAGCCUCUCCAUGCUCGGCACCCUCAACGGCAAGGUCAACACGCAGGGGUCCGGGCACGACGGCCCGUACAGGUACGACAUCAAGCGCGCGGGCAACAACGUCAACGUCUCCACCGGCGUCAACUCCAUGCUCCUGGGGAGCCCCGUCAGCAAGGACUUCCCGCUCGCCGUCUACCCCGUCGACAAGGUGCCGCUCCCGUACGAGCUCUUCGGCCCCAAGCCGCCCACCCCGGCGCCCGCGCCGGCCCCGGCGCCGGCCAAGUCCAAGACCAAGAAGAAGCACAAGAAGGCCACCGGCAUCGCCGAGCCGCCGGAGGCCGACGACUCCACCGCCGCCGACGACGACAAGAAGUCGGCGGCCGCGCCCGCCGCCGGGGUGGCCAGGUGGGCCGCCGCGCUCGGGGUGCUCGGCGCCGCGGUCCUCGGCGGCCUCUUCUGAUGAGGAGGAUAGAAUCAGAGGGUGGUGGUGGUGGUGGUGGUGGUGUGAUCCAUGGACGAGAUCUCGUGCGUCGUGCAUUGCCACGCACGAUCGAGCUGGUGUCUCCGUACACUCAUCGAUCGAUCGAUUAUUGAUCCCUUUACUGUGCAUUUGUGCUGCUGCUGCGUGCGUAUGUCCAUCGGCUUUAUUCUUUCUCUCCCUCUUUCUUUUUCGGGCUUCUUGGUGAUUCGUAUUUGUAACUUAAUGUGAUAUACGCUAGUACUUCUUUCAUUGGAUUCCCA